AUGGAUGAUCGAGAAGUCGAAGCCACAUACGACCUUAUUCACCAGGCGGCCUUAAGUGGUGUCGAUUCUGUAUUCAAGAGUGAAGACUGGAGAAACCAUCCACUAUUUCGUACCGAUCUUCCAAAAGAUGUCGAAAAUGAUAGAUAUUUAGGUGCGUUUCAACACGUUACUUAUGAUGGUGAAACACCAGACUCAAUAGCAGCCAACUUCAAAGAAAUUGGUAACAAUUGCUUCCGUUCAGGCAAGCAAGGAUGGUUUACAGCAGCUAAUUGGUGGUCAAGAGCACUUGAAGAGAAAAUUACAGACAACAAACUCAAAUCAGUACUAUUCUCAAACAGAGCUACAGUCUCCCUUGGCCUUGGUCAGUUCCAAAGAGCAGCAUUAGAUGCAAAUUGGGCAAUUGAGAACGAUAAGUUCAACAGAAAGGCAUAUCUUCGUGCUGCCCAUGCCUACCAAGGCAUGUCUGACUGGGAUAAAGCCAUUUCCGCCGCUAAAGCUGGCUUGGAAAUCGUAGAUGAGUCAGAUCCUAUGAGGAAACAAUUACAAGAAGUCGUCGAUAACUGCGAGAAACAAAGAGGAGACAUCUCUAAUCACGUUGCUCAGUUCUUUACUUCAAUUACUGCUUGCGAUAGUUUCUUUAAACGUGAGAACUUCGCAAUUGGUGAAUUCCAUCACUCCUGGCAAGGAAACUGGAACUUAUUACUCCAAUUUGAUGAAGAAAAGAACGAAACAAUUUGGCCAAUCGCAAUUUCAUACGAAGAAGUUCUCCAAGUUGAUUUCUGCGAUGCAUUCCAUGAAAAGACACCUCUCAUCAAGCUCUUGGAAAUGAUUUUCCCAGGAGUUCUUCCAGAAGCUCAAUAUCCAAAUUGGGAUACAGAAAAGAGAUACAGAGUACCCGCAAUUAUACCAUACGUACAGACAUACGCUGUCCAAUCAAGAUGGGGAAGCAAAGCUAACGAAGGAGACAAGAAAUUUGUAAUGUUAAGUCCAAACGCAACUCUCCAUGAUUUAUUCACACAGAAAGACUACAUCAUACCAGGAUACCCUAUCCUUAUGAUCGCAGUCAAAGGAUCAGAGUUUUUCGAGAAACUUGGAAUUAAAGAAAUUAUUCUCCCAGGAGGCGCAAGAAGGAAGGUUCUCAAGGAUGAUAUCGAACCACCGCCACCUCUUCCAAACCCACUCGAUGUCCAGAGAGAAAUUAUGAUGAAGGAACACUCAGGAAAGAGCCACUACAAUGAUCCAGAGAAUGAAGAAGGAGAAAAGGGUGAACUACCUAAGGAGGAACCUUCUCAGCCUUAUUUGCCAAUAGAGAAGCCAAAAGCUUAA